CCUUGAUACAACGACAGAAGUCGAGACGAGACGACCUAUUUAGUGAGUACUAGGUGGCUUCUCUUGUUUGUGAGCAGUGUUGCAGAGCACCCCAACAAGAACGCGUUCUUCACAGAGCUGCACCAGUACGUACUAACGAUGACAGUAUCAGUAGAGCUGCAAAAUGAUAAAGAAAUUUUUCUACCGCCCUCUAGCACCUUUUUGCCACGCUGCGUCGAGAAUGUGCGAAGCAUUUUGCGACACCUUCUCCCGACAAACAUCACAUCUAGCAGUGUGGCCUUCGAUACUGCACUCGACGAGGCGGGAGAAAGCCACGAGGAUGGAGCGAGCUACAGCAGCACUGUUCUUGCUGCAGAGAAAACCACGGAAGAACAGCACGCGCAAAGAACACGAACAGCCGAGGAAUUUCUUCUGCGGGCUCUCCGGGAAGUUCUCCCGAGCAGCGUCCAAGUGGAUGAGGCAACGAACACGGAAGGUAGUGUUCUCGCCGGUGGCUUGAAAACUGGAGCACUACAACCGGGAGAAGAUGGAUCAACGCAAAGUGGGCCCCUGCUCUUUCGUUUUUUCCGAACCGCCAUUGCCCCUUUGCUCCGCAGCUACGUUUGGGGCGGUGUGUGCCGCAACUCCGGGGUGGACGAAAGUGGUUCCGAUGGGCGGCCGCGCGGUCACCAGGAUCUCCUGUCUGCGUCGGGGCAAGCGCUUUUCUGCCUGGGUUUUCACCCUGCCGUGCGGCGAGUCGCGGUCUUUUUCCUGGGCUACAGCGGCUACGGGCCCGCGCUGUCACUGGCCGCGGGGUACCUGGCACGGCGUGCGGUACUUGGAACAAGAAGGGCUUGGGUGGAGACGGAGAUCAGUAGUGGGGGAGCCGAACUAGAUCCAGUGCUUGCAGCUGAAUUGCUGCAAUUCGAGCUGGUCGCGCCCGAUGUGGAUGCGGACGCGAUUGAAAACUCACAAAGGGUAUUUCGGCGAUUAGAGGAACAGUUUCGUCAUGCGAUGCAAACCUCAUCUGAAGCCGGACGUAACUCCGACUCAUUUGACCGAACGAGAGAGAUUCUUUUCUCGUCAAACGGUGACGAGGACAAUAUUGUGGGUACUAUUAAGACCGCGGGUCUCGUCCCGCAACCUCCAUUUGCUAACGUGAGUUUCCCACUGGGCCCUCUGCCCGAAGACCCGCAAAAGGCGACGGAAAUACUCUGCCCGAAGAGCAACGGAGGAAGAGAUUCGCCAAACCGCCAGCACUCCUCGUCGCUCGACCUGCUUGCCCUAGACCCUCCACCCGGGUUACCGGAGCACGUUUUGGGCAACAUUUUUCGACAGUGUGGACCGAAAAUGCUGUUUUUCGAGAAUUUCGGAUGGCAGUAUCAGCGCUACGCCGGCGGAUUUGUGCCGACGAGUCCAGACUUGCAUGAGGAACACGACCAGGGCCAGGCACGACGCACAACUACUGGGCAACAUGUAGUUACCCGGAAGAAUGCCCACACAAAUUGGCGUGCUUUCAUUCCGCUUCAAGAUCCGUAUUUCGCCUUUCAGUCGGAGCUAUACCGUCGCACGUGCGUCAUGAGUGUAGAAGAAAGCCACGACACCGUAUCCAGUACUUCCGCAGCGGCACGAGAAGCGAGUGCGAGCGACUCUUUUUUUCCCGAACAAGCUGAGAAUCUGGUAACAACUUCAGCAGUACUCGCGGAGCACGGGGAUACCCUGCGUAGUGCCGCUAAGGUGUUUGAACAAGGUACCGGUUCCAAAAUAGAGGACUGGAGCGUCUUACUACAUCCACGACCGAGUCAACUGCCACAUUUGAAACAUGAAAGGCGGGUUCAUGCGGUAUUUGUAUCAAAUAAAAACUGAUUUCGCUAUGCGAACCAACGCAGCGAUUUCUUGGGUGGGAAAAAUUGUUGAAAAGUGAGAUUCUUGACAAUUCUUCCCAACACUUACCGAAGCUUGUUUGUUG